AUGAAAUACCUCAAGUUCGUCUUGCUAAGGAGGAAUGGAUUAAAUGGGACCCAUGAGGGAUUCCUAGUGAGAAUAGCUCUGGUUUUAAAAGAUCUCGUGGCGGACGAUGACCCGGAUUACAAGGUCUUGAAACAACCUUUCACACUUGAUAUUCUAUUCACGUACAUCGAAAAGAAAGGCACGCCCAAAAGGCUAGGACCUUCUGACACCUACUCUAAUGAACAUCGUCACCGAUGGGCUACAGAAAUUGAAGGACUUGUUCAAGAGCUACAUGCUGCAGGAAUUGUAUGGGAAAAUGUAGGCCUAGAUGAUCGAUUGUGGCUUAUUAAUCUUGAUGAUAAAAAAGAAGACAGUUUACUGAAUAUACCUGAAGAUGAUAGUCGUGCUCCUCAAUGGCCCCGCUGGCUUAUUUGGGUUGAUGAUGAAAAGAAGUAUACAUAUGACGGGGAUUCACAAGGUGUUGAGAGGAUUAAGGCGUGGUUGAGAAACUGCACAUCAUUGAUUCAGUAUUGA